AUGUCUCUGACUCAAGACGCCGCGUUCGUCGAUCUGAAGAAUUACGUGGAAGCCAAUGAGAAGGACGUUCAGCUGCUCGAUUGGUUCCAGAAGGAUCAGUCUCGUUUUGAGAAAUUCACCCGCCACUUCAAAACUCCCGAUGGCGAUUUCCUGUUCGAUUUCUCGAAGAAUCGAAUCACCGACGAAUCGUUCCAGCUCCUCAUGAAGCUCGCCAAGUCCCGCGGUGUCGAAGAGUCUCGUGACGCCAUGUUUUCAGCGGAAAAAAUCAAUUUCACUGAGAAUCGUGCGGUUCUCCACGUGGCACUUCGCAACCGCGCGAAUCGGCCGAUUCUGGUCGACGGGAAGGAUGUGAUGCCAGAUGUGAAUCGAGUUUUGGCUCAUAUGAAAGAAUUCUGCAAUGAGAUCAUUUCCGGACAAUGGACGGGAUAUACCGGCAAAAAGAUCACCGAUGUAGUGAAUAUCGGAAUAGGUGGAUCCGAUUUGGGACCUCUUAUGGUUACUGAAUCCCUUAAAAACUACCAAAUCGGACCUAACGUUCAUUUUGUGUCGAAUGUUGAUGGUACCCACGUGGCAGAGGUGACAAAGAAGCUCAACGCUGAAACCACCCUGUUUAUCAUUGCAUCGAAGACAUUUACCACUCAAGAAACUAUUACCAACGCUGAAACUGCCAAGGAAUGGUUUUUGUCAAAAGCUGGGGACCCGGCGGCAGUGGCUAAGCACUUUGUGGCCCUCUCCACCAAUGUUCUAAAAGCAGUGGAAUUUGGAAUUGACGAGAAGAAUAUGUUCGAAUUCUGGGAUUGGGUUGGAGGACGAUACUCGUUGUGGUCGGCUAUCGGACUCUCGAUUGCCGUUCAUAUUGGUUUCGAGAAUUAUGAGAAGCUGUUGGAUGGAGCUUUCGCUGUUGAUGAGCACUUUGUGAAUACUCCGUUGGAACAGAAUAUCCCAGUGAUCCUUGCCAUGAUCGGUGUGCUCUACAACAAUGUCUACGGUGCGGAGACUCAUGCUCUUCUUCCAUACGACCAAUAUAUGCAUCGAUUCGCCGCCUACUUCCAGCAAGGAGAUAUGGAGAGUAACGGAAAGUUUGUGACUCGCCAUGGAACACGUGUCGACUAUUCGACUGGUCCAAUCGUUUGGGGAGAGCCAGGAACCAAUGGACAACACGCCUUCUACCAGUUGAUUCAUCAAGGAACUCGUCUCAUUCCAGCUGAUUUCAUCGCCCCAGUUCGCACUUUAAACCCGAUUAGAAAUGGACUACAUCAUCAAAUCCUUCUUGCCAACUUCCUCGCUCAGUCUGAGGCGCUGAUGAAGGGAAAAACCGCUGCGGUGGCUGAGGAGGAACUCAAAGCAUCUGGAAUGUCCGCUGAAUCGAUCGCCAAGAUUCUUCCACACAAAGUAUUUGAGGGAAAUAAGCCAACCACUUCUAUCGUACUUCCAAUCGUCACUCCAUUCACCUUGGGAUCGCUUAUUGCCUUCUACGAGCAUAAGAUCUUUGUUCAGGGCAUCAUUUGGGACAUUUGCAGUUUUGAUCAGUGGGGUGUGGAACUCGGAAAGCAACUGGCAAAGGUUAUCCAACCGGAAUUGGCAUCAGCUGACAAGGUCACCACACACGACGCGUCUACUAAUGGACUCAUCGCUUUUAUCAAGAAUAACAAUGCAUAA